GCGACGCGCGUGCCCUAUGGCCAAACACUGCCCGGAGUGAGAGCAAACUACCAGCGCAGUGGGGCCGGCGCGAGUGUGUGCGUGUGCGUGUGUGUGCGCGAGCGAGCGCGGGGGGGGGGGGACCCAACUGCUUCACACUUUCAACACUGCACUGAAGAGAGAGAGAGACUGAGAGACCGAGACUGGAGACGCACAGAUUCCCCCCAAGAUCUCCCAAGGCUACCGUCCCACAGAUUAUAGAACAGAGCCCCAAAAAUCGAAACAGAGGAAACGGACAGCAAUUGAACAUGGACGAAGGAAUUCCUCAUUUGCAAGAGAGACAGUUACUGGAACAUAGAGAUUUUAUAGGAUUGGACUAUUCCUCUUUGUAUAUGUGUAAACCCAAAAGGAGCAUGAAGCGAGACGACAGCAAGGAUACCUACAAAUUACCGCACAGAUUAAUAGAAAAGAAAAGAAGAGACAGAAUUAAUGAAUGCAUUGCACAGCUGAAAGAUUUACUGCCUGAACAUCUGAAACUGACAACACUCGGGCAUCUGGAGAAAGCAGUAGUCUUGGAAUUAACUUUGAAACACUUAAAAGCUUUAACAGCCUUAACGGAGCAGCAGCACCAGAAGAUAAUUGCUUUACAGAAUGGAGAGCGAUCGCUGAAGUCGCCCAUUCAGUCCGACUUGGAUGCUUUCCACUCGGGAUUUCAAACAUGCGCCAAAGAAGUCUUGCAAUACCUCGCCCGGUUUGAGAGCUGGACACCCAGGGAGCCGCGGUGUGUCCAGCUGAUCAACCACUUGCACGCCGUCGCCACCCAGUUUUUGCCCACCCCCCAGCUGUUGACUCAACAGGUCCCUGUGAGCAAAGGCGGUGGCGCCGCCUCGGCCGCCGCCCCCGUGGGGUCCCUGGAGCGCGCGGGGCAGAAGCUGGAGCCCCUGGCCCACUGCGUGCCCGUCAUCCAGCGGACUCAGGCGGGCGCCGAGCUCGCAGCCGAGCACGACACGGACACUGACAGCGGCUACGGCGGCGAGGCCGAGGCCCGGCCUGAGCGCGAGCAGGGCAGAGGCGCGGGGGCGAGCCGCGUCACGGUCAAGCAGGAGCCGCCCGGGGAAGACUCGCCGGCGCCCAAGAGGAUGAAGCUGGACGCGCGCGGCGGCGGCGGCCCGGCGGCCACCGCGCUGCUGGGCCCCGACCCCGCCGCGCUGCUGCGACCCGACGCCGCCCUGCUCGGCUCGUUGGUGGCGCCCUUCGCGCAGCCUGCCGCCGCCGCCCCCUUCUGCCUGCCCUUCUACUUCCUCUCGCCCUCCGCCGCCGCCGCCUACGUGCAGCCCUUCCUGGACAAGAGCGGCCUGGAGAAGUAUCUGUACCCCGCGGCGGCUGCCGCCCCGUUCCCGCUGCUGUACCCCGGCAUCCCCGCCCCGGCCGCCGCCGCCGCCGCCGCCGCUGCCGCCGCCGCCGCCGCCUUCCCCUGCCUGUCCUCGGUGCUGUCGCCCCCUCCCGAGAAGGCGGGCGCCGCCGCGACCCUCCUGCCGCACGAGGCGGCGCCCCCCGGGGCGUUGCACCCCGCGCCCGCUCACGGCCGCACCCACCUGCCCUUCGCCGGCCCCCGCGAGCCGGGGAACCCGGAGAGCUCCGCUCUGGAAGACGCCUCGCAGCCCGGAAAGGACGCCCCCUGAGUCCUCCCGCCCCUUCCUUAGAAAGGACGGAGACUCCAGCGGAAUAAUAAUAUUAAUAAAUUAAAAACACCCUUAACGUUUCUAAGGGAGGAAGCGUACUAGAUGCACGACAGGCAUAAGAGAAAAAACAGGUGUUUUGUGUACAUUUGGAGUUCCCGUUUUGCUCAUCAUUUCUCACCACCCCACCCUCCGCUCACUAACAUCAUCCUUCCCCCACCCCAGCUGUAAAGCAGCCUGUGCAACAGAUAUUGGUUCCCUUUUUUUCUUUAAAUGAUCCCCUAGAUAAGUUUUUGCCUCCUGUGAGGCCGUGUUCCAUCACCUUUUAAGAUGUGGAGCCUCAUUCUAGAGGAGAUCAGAAAGGGGGCUGGCUCUGGGUGAGAUCGUUGGAAAGGCUCAUGCCGGGACAGCAGGGACUGGUGUUGACGGGAAACGGGGUAGCGGUUGCUCAGAGCUGCCCUGCCUGGUUUAGAAGACGGUCCACAGACAGAUUUGAGGAUCUUUGAGAAUUGAUUGUCGUCAAUAUUUCAUAAUGGUCAGCUUUUCGAGAGGCGUAUUUUUUUUCAGAGAAGUGAAGAUGGAGUUGCCCACGUUGUGACCUAUUCUGAAGUGGUUGAAAUGCUCUCUUUAGUAACUUGUACUUGUUUAAAGGAGACACGGAGUCGGGCCAUCGUUAGCACUAAGUCAGGGAACAGGAACAGAGGUGGAUGAGGAAGGCCAAAAUCAUUCUUCCAACCUUUGCUCGCACUUUAUGGAGAAACUGACCACAAAUCAAUUGACUUGUCUUAAUUAGUUACAUACAUAUCAUAUAUGGUAUAUAUUUAUCUCAAGUGCAUCUAUUCCCAUUAUUUAACCCAUCAUGUUCCCAAAUUUUUAUAAACUUACUGUAAAAAAAAUUGCACUGAACUUAAAAGAAAGUCCAAACUGAUUUAUCCUAUAUUCUUGUUAGAUCAUAAAAGUGGAAGGAAACAGGAAGCUGGUCAGUUUUGCUUGGGAACGUUGUACAGAUGUGGAAUGAAGCCCUGUGCGGCCUUCUAUCUCCAAGUCUAUGUAUUUUCUGGAGACCAAACCAGAUACCAGAUAAUCACAAAGAAAGCUUUUUAAAUAAGGCUUAAACCAAGACCUUGUCUAGAUAUUUUUAGUUUGUUGCCAAGGUAGCACUGUGAGAAAUCUCACUUGAAUGUUAUGUAAGGGGUGAGACACAACAGUCUGACUAUGAGUGAAGAAAAUAUCUGGGUCUUUUAGUCAGUGUGGUGCAUUUGCUGCUGCUGUUGCUACUGUUUGCCUCAAACGCUGUGUUUAAACAACGUUAAACUCUUAGCCUACAAGGUGGCUUUUAUGUACAUAGUUGUUAAUACAUCCAAUUAAUGAUGUCUGACAUGCUAUUUUUGUAGGGAGAAAAUAUGUGCUAAUGAUAUUUUGAGUUAAAAUAUCUUUGGGGAGGAUUUGCUGAAACGUUGCACUUUUGUUACAAUGCUUAUGCUUGGUACAAGCUUAUGCUGUCUUAAAUUAUUAAAAAUAAAUAAAUACUGUCUGCAAGAAACCAGUUGGUUUAGAAAAGUUUAGUAUGUGAAGAUAAAACUAGAAACUAUCUUUAUAUUCUAGUAUUUUCAGCACUCCAUAGAUUCUAUUGCCUAAAUAUUGCCACACUAUUUUGUGAUUUAAAAAUUCUUACUAAGAAUAAAAACUUUAUAUACCAUA